UUUCAUGUUCGCUCGGGGGAAUAAUAUAUAUAUGAAUGUGUUUACUUUUAUGUUUUGAACAUCUUUUAGUUUCUUCGUUUACUUCUUCCAGCUAUCUCAAGGUAUGAACAUAGCAGUGAAGGUGUUUGAUGAUCUUGGAAAAAUGGGUACGUCUGGGAGAUACCAGCCACGUUUUGUGAAGCUUGGAUUGACUUUAAUUUUGUAUUUAUGCUGGUCUUUGUUGCUUACUGGCGCGGAUAGACAGAAAACUCAUCCUGCAGAAGUGAAUGCAUUGAGAGCCAUCAGAGAAAGUUUGACCGAUCCAUUUCAGAAUCUUAAAAACUGGAAAAGGGGGGAUCCAUGCACUUCAAGUUGGACCGGAAUUUUCUGCUAUAAUAUUACACCGGAUGAUGGUUUUCUUCAUGUCCGAGAAUUGUCAUUACUGAAUAUGAAUCUGCAUGGAAAUUUAUCUCCAGAACUUGUCCAUCUAUCUCAUAUGAAGAUAAUGGAUUUUAUGUGGAACAACAUUAGUGGGACUAUACCAAAGCAGAUAGGCAACAUUACAACGUUAGAAUUGUUGCUUCUCAAUGGAAACAAACUAACAGGCCCCUUGCCUGAUGAGAUUGGUAAUCUCCGCAACUUGGACAGGUUGCAAAUUGAUGAGAACCAAAUAUCUGGUUCAAUACCGAAGUCAUUGGCGAACUUGAACAAAGCAAUGCACUUCCACAUGAAUAAUAAUUCUCUCAGUGGAAAAAUACCGCCAGAGCUCUCUAGAUUGCCACAACUUGUUCAUUUGUUGCUCGAUAAUAACAACUUAUCGGGACAUCUUCCACCAGAACUUUCUGAAAUGCCAAGGUUAAUGAUACUUCAACUUGAUAACAACAACUUUGAGGGGAGCACAAUACCUCCUUCUUAUGGGAACUCAUCUACCUUAACGAAGUUGAGUCUUAGGAAUUGCAGUUUGCAAGGGCAAAUUCCUAACUGGAGCAACAUGACAAAUAUUGCUUAUAUAGAUUUGAGCCUAAACAAGCUUAGUGGAACAAUACCAACAGGUGUGCUUCCUGAGAUUAUGACAACCAUUGAUCUAUCGAACAACAAUCUUAAUGGAAUUAUUCCUGCAAGCUUUUCAAGGCUUCCCCUUUUGCAGAAAUUGUCACUAGCAAACAAUUCAUUAAGUGGUUCAGUUCCAUCCACCAUUUGGCAGAAUAGAGCUCUCAAUCAAUCUGAUACACUCCUCUUGGAUUUUCGGAACAAUAAGUUUUUAAAUAUUUCUGGCAGUCUUGUCCUACCUCCAAACGUCACUGUUAGCCUUCAAGGAAACGUUGUUUGCUCCAAAGGCGAUCUGAUUCAGUUCUGUGGAUCCUACAAAGAAGAGUUUAACGAGAAUUUGAACCGAACAAGUUCCAAUGUCUGCCUUCAUCAAUCAUGUCCACCUCAUUAUGAGUUUGUCCCAGCAUCUCCUGCUGGUCACUGCUUUUGUGCUGCUCCUCUGCUUGUUGGGUAUCGUUUAAAGAGUCCCGGGUUCACAAAAUUUUUGCCGUAUAAUGAUAAAUUUGGGCAUUACAUAAGUGAUGCUCUCAAUUUGACUAUUUCCCAGUUUGACAUAGAUUCAGUUGCAUGGCAAAGUGGACCUCGACUGGGAAUGUAUCUGAAGAUUUUUCCGGCAGACAUAAACAAGAGUAUUAAACUGUUUAAUAGGAGCGAGGUCCUCCGAAUUCGUGGUUUGUUUGGUGGAUGGAACAUUCAUGGUAACGAAGUCUUUGGACCUUUUGAGCUGCUCAAUUUCACGCUUUUGAAACCUUAUAAAGAUGAAAUUUCCUCUUCAUCAUCUGGUAUAACCAAGGGAGCACUGGCUGGUAUAAUACUCGGGACAGCAGCAGGAUCUGUAAUACUAUCUGCUGUUGUGUUCCUUGUUUUUGUCAGAUCGCACUUGAGGAGACAACGUACAGAUUCAAGAAGACGUCUAUCAUCAAGGACCUCCAUCAAAAUCGAUGGGGUAAAAGAUUUUACUUAUAGUGAAAUGGAAGUUGCAACGAAUAAUUUUAAUAGCUCAACCUUUGUUGGAAAAGGAGGUUACGGAAAAGUUUAUAAAGGCGUUCUUGCUGAUGGAACUAUCGUAGCCAUAAAGCGUGCUCAGGAGGGAUCAUUACAGGGUGAAAAGGAGUUUCUUACCGAAAUAGAAUUACUAUCAAGGCUACACCAUAGGAAUCUGGUGUCAUUGGUUGGAUAUUGUGAUGAAGAAGGUGAACAGAUGUUGAUAUAUGAAUUCAUGUCCAAUGGUAACUUGAGAGAUCACCUAUCGGGUAAAUUAAAAGUUCAUUUGACUUUUGCUAUGAGACUGAGAAUUGCAUUGAGUUCAGCCAAAGGCAUCCUUUACCUACAUAUGGAAGCCAAUCCUCCAAUAUAUCAUCGAGAUAUCAAGGCAAGCAACAUAUUAUUGGACCCUCGAUUUACCGCCAAAGUUUCCGAUUUUGGACUAUCGCGACUUGCUCCAGUUCCCGACUUUGAAGGAUUGGUGCCUGCUCAUGUAUCUACUGUAGUUAAAGGGACGCCGGGAUAUCUUGAUCCAGAGUAUUUCCUGACUCAUAAGUUAACUGACAAAAGUGAUGUCUAUAGUCUUGGAGUUGUAUUUUUGGAGCUCUUAACUGGGAUGCACCCAAUCUACGAAGGCAAAAACAUUGUCAGGGAGGUCAACAUUGCAUAUUCUUCUGGUAUGAUAUUCUCUAUCAUCGAUAAACGGAUGGGAUCUUAUCCUUCUGAAUGUGCUGUGAAAUUCAUAAAGCUGGCUCUUAACUGUUGCCACGAUGAUACAGACACUCGACCCUCAAUGGUCGAAGUGGUUAGAGAACUUGAAAGCAUAUCGUUAAUGAUGCCAGAAUCCGAUAACAUCAUUUCAGAAUCCACACUAUCUGAUGCUGAGAAGGUUUUCACUCCAACAUCUUCGUCUUCUACAGUAAAAACUUCUAACGUUUCGGAAGAUAUUUCUAGCAGUAAUCUUCUAAGUGGAGUCUUUCACACCGUUAAACCUAGGUAAUGUUUUUACUUGCCACACCUUUCCUGCUUUGGUUAAUGGGAAAUUAACCAGAAUCUGUACGGUCUAUAAUAUGUUUAAUUUUAUCUGUAACAUGAGAAUAUAAGUGGUCUUAUGCCUAGCAUUCCAGGGAGCCUCUUAACUAUAGUUUGGAGGAUAUACUCUAAAAAUGUGUAUAAAUAAAAAUCAUUUUAAUUGUAACACUGUACAAGACA